UAUAUAUAUAUAUAUAAGUGAGACAAAAGAGAGGUAUCAUAUCAAAUAAUCAACAAAACAAAUUAUGGAGCACUUGUUCCUCUCCCUCCUACUAGGGCUCAUGACUUUGGUCUCAGUGGGAUUCUUUGUCCUGUUCUACAAGCACAAAUCCCUCUUCGUCGGCACCAAUCUGCCUCCAGGCAAGACUGGUUAUCCAAUCCUGGGAGAAACUUUCGAGUUUCUCUCUACAGGAUGGAAAGGUCAUCCGGAGAAGUUCAUCUUCGACCGAAUGACCAAAUUCUCCUCGGACAUCUUCAAGACCUCUUUGCUCGGUGAGCCGGCCGCGGUUUUCUGUGGCUCGACCUGCAACAAGUUCCUCUUCUCGAACGAGAACAAGCUCGUCACUGCUUGGUGGCCGAGCUCCGUCAACAAAGUCUUCCCCAACUCCUCCGAGGAUACCUCUUCUCAGGAGGAGGCGAAGAAGAUGCGAAAGCUACUCCCUCAGUUCAUGAAGCCCGAGGCCCUCCGCGGCUACAUCGGCCUCAUGGACGAGAUAGCUCAGCGCCAUUUCGCAGCGGAUUGGGACAACAACGCGGAGAUUCUCACCUUCAGUCUGGCCAAGAGAUACACCUUCUGGCUGGCUGCGAGGGUGUUCGUCAGCCUCGACGACCCCAAGGAGAUCCGUAAGUUCGAGGACCCAUUUCAGUUGCUCGCUUCCGGAAUCAUCUCCAUGCCCAUCGACCUCCCCGGAACCCCAUUCCACCGCGCCAUUAAAGCCUCCGCUUAUAUCAGGAAGGAGCUCGUUAAGAUCAUCAAGCAGAGAAAGGUUGACUUGGCCGAGAACAAGGCCAGCCCUUCCCAGGACAUCUUGUCUCACAUGCUCCUCACCUGUACCGAAGAUGGCGUUUACAUGGGCGAGUUGGACAUUGCCAACAAGAUUCUUGGACUGCUCAUCGGCGGCCACGACACCGCCAGCGCCGCCUGUACCUUUAUCGUCAAGUACUUGGCUGAGCUUCCACACGUGUACGAGGCCGUCUAUGCAGAACAAAUGGAGAUCGCAAAGUCAAAGAUGGAAGGAGAGGCGUUGAACUGGGAUGACUUGCAGAAGAUGAAGUACUCGUGGAAUGUGGCCCAGGAAGUGCUCCGCCUGGCUCCGCCGCUCCAGGGCGCUUUCCGGGAAGCCAUGACCGACUUCGUGUUCAACGGCUUCACCAUCCCAAAGGGUUGGAAGCUGUACUGGAGUGCCAACUCAACGCACAAGAACCCGGAUUACUUCCCGGAGCCGGCGAAGUUCGACCCGAGCCGGUUCGAGGGGAACGGACCAGCCCCGUACACGUUCGUGCCGUUCGGAGGUGGGCCGAGGAUGUGCCCGGGAAAAGAGUACGCGAGGCUGGAGAUUCUGGUGUUCAUGCACCACUUGGUGAAGCGUUACAGGUGGGAGAAGGUCCUUCCCGACGAGAAGAUCGUCGUGGAUCCCAUGCCCAUACCCGCCAAGGGCCUACCCGUACGCCUCAUUCCCCAUCCUCAUCACCACCUUUGAACUUUGACUUUGAUCACUUUUAAUUACCACUGCCUUUUUCUUCCCUAAUUUUCUUUGUUCUUUUUUUCUUUUUUAUACUUGAUUUUGAGUGGUGUUAGUGUAUCAUAUCAUACAUUAUUGUCUUUGUAAUCUUGUAAUCUGUAAAAUUUUAAUAAAUUUUCAAAAUUAAUAUGUA